UGAGAGGCUUGACAGUUUAUUAUUAUGCCCCUGUUUUUGUCAUGCACAUAUGGGCAAUAUAUAGCAAAUUAAUGAUCUGGUUUCAAAUGCGCACUACUCCAGCUAUGUUAACAUCGUCUUAUGACAUGGAACAAUUCUUUAGAUGGGCAUCGCGAUGGCGUUUAGCAAUAGAAACCGUGGGUAACUUCUCUCAUAUGCCGAGUGGGUGGUAAGGAUGCGAAUCAAUACCUGGCUUAUUAAAUGGCUUUCUCCGGGAAACGUAACAACUUUCGUAUACUUUCAUUUCUUUUAAUGUAGCACGUGCUCCUGUAAUAAUUCUGGCGUUGCGUGCGCAACAGCGAUGUACACGUAAACGUAAGACUUUGUAAUUUUGUCAGUGACAGAGGCUGUCUGAAGAUUCUCGUCCAUCAUCCAGGUUCGUGUUCCUACAACUAAACCUUUUCACCCGUCUGUCUAUGAAUAGAUGGAAAAACUGACAGACAAACACUAGAGACCCCUGUCAACACCAAGCAUGGGAGAUAGAGGAGAAACAGGGAUCUAGGAGUUUACAUGGAGCGACGAGCAGAGCAUGAAUCCUUGUUUGAGGAUGCCGACUUCCCUGCCAAAACCUCCUCGCUGGCUUUGUCAGAUGUCACCCCCAUCUUCAAACUGCAGGGAGUCAUCUCCUGGCUCCGCCCUCAGGAAAUCUGUAAGUCUCCUCAGCUCUUUCCCCCGGACCUAACCCAGGCACAUGCCAAGCAGGGUGUUCUGGGAGACUGCUGGUUACUAUGUGCCUGCACUAUGCUGUUGAAGAGCAAGCACUUGAUGGACCAGGUGCUACCUCAGGGUCAGCCUCAGUGGGGCCAGCAGGGCUAUGACGGCAGCUUCCUGCUGCGCUUCUGGCAGAGGGGGGGCUGGGUGGAGGUGCGCGUGGACGACCGCCUGCCCUGCAUCGACAACAAGCUGUGCUUCUCCCAGUGCCUCUGCCCCAGUGCCUUCUGGGUCGCGCUGCUGGAGAAGGCCUACGCUAAGCUUCAUGGCUCCUACGAGGCACUCUGGGCGGGCCAGGUGAGCGAGGCUCUGGUCGACCUAAGCGGAGGAGUGGCGGAACGCUGGAGUCUACCAUCCUCAGGCGAAGAGGAGGAGGAGGAGGUGGAGGUGGAGGAGGAGGAGAAGAGAGGAGAUGCGCCUCCUGCCAGGAGGAGGAGGAGGAGGGAGCUGAGGCUGUCGGAGGCUGUGAGGGAGGCCUGUGCCGUCAGCUGCUCCUUCCACAGGGGGGCGCCAGGGGAAACUGGUGUCAGUGAGCAGUGGCAGUACCACGCAUUGAGCGUGUUAGAAUGGACCGACGUGCAGACUGUUUCUGGGGAAACUGAAUGUUUGCUUAGAAUCAGGAAUCCCUGGGGAAGGCGUUGCUGGAAUGGGGCCUGGACAGAGAAUGGUACUGGCUGGAAUACCCUUGAACUGGCCGUCUCCAGGCAACUCCUCAGCAGUACGAAGCCUGGAGAAUUCUGGGUCAACCAAAAGGAGUUCCAGGAGGAAUUUGAUGAUGUCACGGUCGGCUAUCCAAUCACCAGCGAAGGGCAUCUACAAAGCAUUUAUACUGGCGGUGUCCUGUCGCACCUGCAGCAGGUGAGGGGCCGCUGGGUGAGGGGGGAGUCGGCGGGCGGCUGCCGCAACAGCAGCAGCUACGGCUCCAACCCCAAGUUCUGGCUGCGGGUGGCCGAGCCGGCCGAGGUGGUGGCGUGCCUGCUGCAGUACGACCCGGACGAGCGGACGACAGCGGGCCUCAAGGGGUUAAUGAAAAGGGACAUGGACGCCGUCACCACACAGACGGGAGAGGGUGGCAGAGGACAGGAGCGCAGACACCAGCACGCCAUUGGCCUCCACAUGUGGAAGAUCGAGAAGAAGCACUUGAACUUGUCCCGUACGCUAAACAAGCCGCCGUGCGCGUGCACCCACUCCCAUGCGUACGAGCGCGAGGUGGUGAUGCAGGCUCAGCUGAGCGCCGGCUUCCACCUGCUCAUACCCAGCACUUUCCAGCAGGGGGCGCAGGCCGGGUUUCUGCUCAGGGUCUACUGCUCCAGCCCCGCCUCCCUCAGUGCUGUGAGGACUCGUGAGGCUGCCCAGCCGUGUGGCUCAGAGGGGGAGGGGGAGUGGGAGAGCAGCAGCUUCCACGGCUCCUGGACGCCCGGCGUGUCCGCGGGGGGCAGCCGGAACUUUCCGUCCCACCGGCAGAACCCCCACUUCCUGCUCACUGUGACCUAUGACCCCGGCGCCACCAACGUCAGGGUCACGCUGCGCCAGAACUGCCCCGAGUCGAAAUGUCAGGCCAUCGGCUUCCAUAUUUAUAAGGUACUUGAUGAUGAGGAUGGCGGCGGGCCGCUGGAGGGGGAGCCGGUGGAGAGCUGCGUGCCUCACUGCUACGCACAGGAAGUCAGCCUGGUCUGCAGCCUGAGGGGCGGGGACUACUCCAUCGUACCCUCCACCUACCAACCCGACCUCACAGGUCACUUUACCCUCACUGUGGCCCGCAGAAUACACAGGAAAGUGGUACAGAGCCAGGAGAACCUGGGGAGAGCCAUAAAGGAGGUUUCUCACAUAUCAGUGAUGCGCUGCUAGCUGCAGGUCCUUGUCGGUGCAACAUACCUACCUGCCUACAGUAGGUUCUGAUGUGCAUCCACCAUGCCUCUCUAGUCUGGACACAGAUGAAAGCUGCUCCCAUACCCCGGCCCCAAACUCCAACCUACCUUUUCCUUUCCUCCACCAGACACAAUAGGGCAGUCAUGGGUGAGCGGUUAGGGCGUCAGACUUCCAUCCCAGAGGUUGCCGGUUCGACUCCCGACCCGCCAGGUUGGUGGGGGGAUUAAUCAACCAGUGCUCUCCCCCAUCCUCCUCCAUGA